GGCUCUAGUCCCGGUCCGGGCCCCGUCCCUCUCCACGCCCCGACUCGCUGUCUCCUCCCCUCGCCCGCCCUCUUGUACCCUCCACGCCGGGCAGCCGCUGCCAACGGCCCCUACUACGCACUUUGGCCCGAGUUGGCAGUGGAUAAAAGGGGUCUGAGGAAAUCCAGGACACGGUCCCCGGGCGUCAGCUGGGGCCUUUAAAUCCUCACGGCCGGAGAGGCUAAAGCAGAGCGCGUCUGGGUCGUGGACACGGAGAGAGCUAGCUAGAAAGGCGAGAGCUGCGAGCGAGUGAGAGCGCGAGCGAGCGAGCGAGCGAGCGAUCGAAAGAACGAUCGGCCGACCGAACUGGGCACACGGCCCGGCUCCGAGCGCAAAGCAGCGGCGGCGGCGUCUUGCGGGACAGGGCGGGAAGGUGCGGGGUCGGAGGGGCGGCCUGCGUUCUCAAAAAGCCGAAUUCUGAGCCCAAGUGCCCCCUCUCCCUCGGCAGCUCCAGCCCAAGAAGAAGGAGUCGUGCACCCGGAGAGCCCAAAUGCCGGCCCACUUGCUACAGGAGGAGAUCGCUCCCUCCUACACCAUGACCACAACAACCACCAUCACAGCCCCUUCCUCCAGGGCCACGCAGAACGGAGCAGCCCGAGCAGCAGCGAAAGCCCCUAUUGAAGAGGAUGAAGAGGGGAUCAACUAUGAGAUGAGGGAUGACGUGUUUGACCCCACGUACCGGGAGAAGGAAGGCCCUAAACCCAAGUUCGUUUAUGUCUGGAGGAACAUCAUCCUGAUGAGCCUGCUUCACUUGGGAGCCCUGUACGGGAUCUUCCUGGUGCCUUCCGCCCAUAUUUACACCCUGCUCUGGGCAUUUGGGUAUUACCUUAUCAGCGCCCUGGGCAUCACCGCUGGAGCCCACCGCCUGUGGAGUCACAGAACCUACAAGGCCCGCCUGCCCCUCAGAAUCUUUCUGACCAUCGCUAACACCAUGGCAUUCCAGAAUGACGUUUACGAAUGGUCCCGGGACCACCGAGUCCAUCAUAAGUUCUCUGAGACAGAUGCUGAUCCCCAUAAUGCUCGAAGAGGGUUUUUCUUCUCCCACGUGGGCUGGCUGCUAGUGCGCAAACACCCAGAUGUCAUUGAGAAGGGCCGUUUGCUUGACAUGUCUGAUCUGAAAGCUGAGAAGCUGCUGAUGUUCCAGAGGAGAUACUACAAGCCAGGCAUCCUCCUCUUGUGCUUUAUUUUCCCCACAUUUGUCCCCUGUUACUUCUGGGGCGAGCAUUUUGCUCACAGCCUGUAUGUUGCCACCCUCCUGCGUUAUGCCGUCGUGCUCAAUGCCACCUGGCUGGUGAACAGCGCCGCUCAUAUGUAUGGCAGCCGGCCCUACGACAAAAACAUCAACCCCCGGGAGAAUAUCCUGGUGGCCCUUGGAGCUGCAGGUGAAGGCUUCCACAACUACCAUCACACCUUCCCGUACGAUUACUCUGCCAGCGAAUACCGCUGGCACAUCAAUUUCACCACCUUCUUCAUCGACUGCAUGUGUCUCCUGGGCUUGGCCUACGACCGAAAGAAAGUAUCCAAGGCGGCCAUCCUUGCCAGAUGUUCCAGAACUGGUGAAGGGAGCGCUAAGAGCGGCUGAGGCCUCCCUCCCCGCCCCGCCCCCCCAAGCCAGCUGGGCAGAGGUCUAAUGUUCUCUUUAUUAACUACUGAAUAAUGCUACCAGAUGCUAAAGAUGAUGAUUUUUUAACCCAUUCCAAUACAGUAUUCCUUUACAGUGCAAAUGUAUUGAAAGCCAACAACUCUGCCUUUGUGAAUGCUGAAAUGAUCUUGCUUUUUUCCUCUUCUUCCUUCUCUUUUCUUUUCCCUUUCUUUCCCCUCCCACCGUCACUGCCUCCUAGGCAAACUUAGCUGGUGUGCCCUGGGCUGGCUCUCUAAUAGCGUCACUGGUGGGGGCCUUUCCCCCUCAGUGCUUCUCUUCCUUCGGGGCCUUCCCUGAGCCCCCAGGGGUGAGGAAUAAACCUAGAAAGGAGUCAAGGCCAUUUCCCCAGCUCCUUCAGGCCGGGCCUCAUUCCCUACCAGCUGGAGUGGAGGGUCAUUCUUCUUGGCUGCUGUUUCCUCCUGGGAAUAGAGGCAGGAGGAAGGGAAGUAGCAUACCUACUAUGGUUGGGGGGAGGGGUGUGAGAAAAUAGGAUAAGUUCUCUGCCAACCAUCCUUCUAGCCGACUUCUCAGUAAAGUAGGGCUUGCUCUCUGUCCCAGUGGCCCCAAAUUGGGCGAGACUGGAGGGAUGCUAAACCACCUGUCAGGCUCCCAUAAAGCUUAGGGCAAGGCAGCAUUAAGCACACCUAAGGAAACAAGGGACAAGUCUCUAGUUCCUAAUGAAAUGGGCCUGACCUGGAGAGAGAUUGGGGGAAAAGCUAAGGAAACAGUAAACAUUUCAUUGGAAAAUGGAAAAGAAACAAACUAACUUCAAUAUCCCCACCCUCCUUCUCCCCCCCCCCAUCUCUGUACCCGAGUUUUGGGAGAAGAGGAGGAAGAAUGAGUGUGCCGGCUCCCCUGUCCCUCACUGCUCUGCAGGAGGCCAAGAGGCUAGAAGCCAAACUUCCAUUAGGGAGGAAGGAUCAGGGCCAUUGUGCCAAGGGUCACUGAGUGAAUUCCUGGGGGCAUCCCAGUUGGAAAGCUGGUCAUAGAAACAGGUCAAAUCUAAAGGGUCCAACAUCCUUCCCUUCCCUCUAGAAAAUGGAUACUAAACAUGGGUUCACGGCGGGGGGGGGGGGGGCAGGCUUCUGCAGCACACACAGCCUGUCCAUCUUUUCCCCCUACUCUCUCCUACCCUCCAGAGCCUAGAACUCACCCAAGGAAGAGCAGUUAGGAUUUGGGCUUCUCCUUUUCUUCCCCAUGCCUUUGUCUGCUUCUCCUAGCCUCUCUGGGCUCCCAGCUCUGGGCAGGCAGCGACCUUGGCUGGAAUUGCUCCGGGCCAGGGAGCACCACUAUUUUUCCCUUUCUAUAAUGUGGCUGCCCCAUUCAUUUGACCUGCAUCGCCGCCUCUUCCUUCCCUCACUGCCCCACUAUCCUGCUGACUCAAGGCAGAGCUGGCAAACCUGCUGGGGAACAUCCCAGGGUCAGAUGGAAACUCAGCUAAUCCCCCACCAAAGGCUAGUGUCAUUCCAAUGAGCCAGCCACUGGGGAGGGAGGAGAAGGCUGUCUUUUUUUCCUCUCAUCCUCGGCAUGCUGGGUAUUCCAUGCUAACUGUGUGAGCCAAGCCUAGGGCUGCUGUAAGUGGCAGAGGGCUUCUGGCUGAUUAUGGGGUGGGGGGACUGAAUGACUCUCUUGAUUGGAAAGGAAAUCAUUGGAAGAUCACAUUCGAUCAGUUGUUUCCCCAGCUGGCUUAAGGGAAUGUUCCCAUCACGUAGCCAGGGAGAUGGGUAUAGGAAAACCCACCAGUGGGCCUUGAGGGAUCUCAAAGCACCUUCCCUGCUGUCUUGCUGGGAAUGUCAACCUCAUGGUUGGGGUAGAGGUGGGAGAGGGCAGUUCACUUUUCCUCUGGGGUCUAAAAAUAAGCAGGCCAGGGUAGAAGGUUCAGGCUUCUGAACUGUUCAUCCCAGUAGGAAAGAAAUAGGUAGAAAUGUCCAUGUUUAGUUUAGAUCUGCUGCUGGCCUGUGUGGGCCAACCCUUGAAAGAGGGCUGUUGGGUAAUUGAAUCCCACAGGACAUCACAAAAUAAGUAACAAAUGAAAACAGCUUGUCUCUUCUAUCAAUGUUCAAUGGAGACCACACUCUGACCCUGCACAAGGCCAAAUGGAGUCGUGGCAUCUGCCUUGACUGUCAGGGGAAGGGGACACUCACUCUGAGAAGAUGACAAAAGCAAAUGAACAUAUUUUAAACAAACAAUUCAAACUGGACUCAGGACUGACAGAGCCUGAAUUCCCAUUCCUCCUUGCUCUGUGGGCAGGCAGGCUAACAAAUUCCUCUGGGAAUUCUGUGGGUUCUAAUCAGUAUUGAGGGUGAGUCUGCCUCCACUCCCCUCCUUGCUGCUCUCUCUACAGCCUCUCUGAGCAGAGAGAGCAGCUGGUGGGAGACCCAGACCCAGACCCUGCAGGAGAAUUGACCAUUUGUAGGGCUGCCAUUUCUGUACUGCAGUCGGGAGAGAAAAAUUUGUGUUUUUGUUUUUGUUUUUUUUUUAAUUUUUUUUCGCUGGGGGCUUUCUUGUUAAGGGGCCUGCAUUGUAUGGCCGGUGGAAGUAAUUUGAAUGUAUUUGAUUUAGGUGUUGUUUGUUUUUUUUGUUUUUGUUUUUAGAUUUAAAAAUGGUUGCAGCAUUUAAAAUAGAAACUUUCCCCUUGAUUUGCUUAUAUCCUGAAUGUUCUCUUCAAAAGUUUAGCUCACACAAGCCAGAGCAAGAAAUUGAAGGAAAUAAGAUGGAUGUGUUACUCUAGUGGUUUAGGGAGAGGGGCUUCCCUCCGAGCUCUGCCGCUGACUUGCUGUGUGACCCUGGGCAAGUCACUUAACUAUUCUGUGCCUCAGUUUCCCUGUCUGUUAAAAAUAGGGAUAAUAAUACUGACCUACCUCACAGGGCAGUUGUGAGGCGGGACUAAUGUUUGUAAAGCACCUUGGAACUCUUCAGCUGAGGGAGCUUCCUACAGGAUGCCAUGGACCUCUAGGAGCCUGGCUCAGGGUUGAGAUGGAGUGGCUGAGCUGAGCAUGUUGGGAAAGGGGGUGGAUUGUGGGGGGAGGUGAAGCUGGAGAGCUCAGCAACUCUGUUGCUAUGGAAACAUGAGCAGGAUACCUUUUCCUGGGUUGGGAAUUUUUUUCCUUUAUUUUGGAUCGUAGUACCUGUGACCUGCAAAGAAUAAUUUUGGAAUAAUUUCUAUUAAUAUUGACUCUGAAGUCAUUUACUGAUCUGCGAUUGUGUUUGUUCAUAAUAAAAAAGUGAAGUGAAUCUGAA